AUGGCCACCCCAGAGGAAGCCGUCACGCUCCGUACCCAAGGCCGAGUCGCCAUCAUCACGCUCAACAACCCCAAGAAGCUCAACGCCAUGAACCAACCCAACUACUACCGCCUGUCCAGCCUCAUGCAGGACGUAGCCGCCAUGCCCAACAUCACCGUCACCGUCCUCACUGGCACGGGCCGCUUCUUCUCCGCGGGCGCCGACGUGACGACCACGCGUCCCGCCACGGACGACUCUAACCCGCACGCCCAGCGCGACGCCCUGCUGCGCGGCUUCGUGGCCAACAACCUCGACAUCACGCGCGCCUUCUACACGCACCCCAAGGUGCUGGUCGGCGCCCUCAACGGCCCCACCGUCGGAUUGUCCGCCGCGCUGCUGGGCUUCUGCGACUUCAUCUACGCGGCGCCCCACGCCUUCUUCCUCACGCCGUUUGCGUCGCUGGGCCUCGUUGCCGAGGGCGGCGCUUCCGUGGGGUUGGUGCAGCGCAUGGGCAUCGCCAAGGCCAAUGAGGCUCUGCUGACAAGCCGCCGUCUGAGCUGCGAGGAGCUUGUGCAGUGUGGCUUCGUCAACAAGGUCUUCAGCGGCAAGGAUCAGAAUGAUAGCGACGGGUUUCUGGCCAAGGUGAUGGAAGAGGUGGAGGACAGGUUUGGAGAGCAUUUGAAUCAGGACAGCGUUCUGCAAAUUAAGGAGCUGAUCAGGCGGCCGUUUUUGGAGGGUCUGGAGGCGCAGGGGGUCAGAGAAGUGGUUGGCGGGCUGCAGCGCUUCAGGCUUGGGGCGCCGCAGGAAGAGUUCCGCAAGAUCGCGAGCGGGGAAAAGAGGCACAAGCUGUAG